AUGUCGGAUAGUGCGUGGGUUAGUCCAGUGCAUGUCGUCCCAAAAAUAUCUGGAAUUAUAGUUGUACAAAAUGAGAAUAAUGAAGUAGUUCCAACUCACAUGACAACUGGGUGGAGAGUUUGUAUUUAUUACAAGAAGUUGAACUCUUCUACUCGCAAAGAUCAUUUUCCCCUUCCAUUUAUCGAUCAAAUGUUAGAAAGCUUAGCUGGUCACUCACAUUACUGUUUUUUGGAUGGUUAUUCAGGUUACAAUCAAAUCCCCAUUGCACCGGAAGAUCAAGAGAAGACUACAUUUACUUGCUUAUUUGGAACGUUUGCGUAUAGGAGAAUGCCAUUUGGAUUGUGUAAUGCUUCAUCCAUUGCCACCACCAACUUCAGUGAAGGGAAUAUGAUCUUUCCUAGGACACGCUGGUUUUUAUCAACGCUUCAUCAAGGAUUUCUCCAAGAUAGCCAACCCCUAUGCAACCCCUAUGCUAAGGAUGCCUCAUUUGAGUUUGAUGAUAAUUGUUUGCUUGCUUUUAACACUUUAAAACAACUUCUAACCACUGCACCUAUUAUCAUUGCUCCAUAUUGGAGUUUACCUUUUGAACUAAUGUGUGAUGCCAAUGAUUGUGCAGUUGGUGCUGUUCUAGGGCAAAGGAAGGACAAGUUACCGCAUCUCAAUUACUCGACAACGGAGAAGGAGCUCUUGGCUAUGAUCUUUGCAUUGGAGAAGUUUAGGUCUUACCUCAUCGGUUCGAAGGUUAUUGUGUACACUAAUCAUGCUGCCUUCAAGUAUCUCUUGUCAAAGAAAGAAGCUAGCCAAGCCUACCAUCUUUCACGCCUCACCCAAGUUAGUGAAGAUAAGAAAGCCGUGCUUCCCCUCAAUGAGAGCUUUUCCGACAAGCAGCUCUUUACCAUUUGUCAUGAGGUGCUAUGGUACGCAGACAUUGCAAAUUAUCUUGUAGGAGGAGCUGUCCCAACUAAUUUGAGUUACCAGCAAAAGAAGAAAUUACUCUAUGACAUCAAAUUCUAUUUCUGGGAUGAGCCUUAUCUCUACAAGUAA